AUGAAUCAACCAGUAGGCACUGAAAUGACCAACAGCAUGAGACGAACUCAUGAGGUCCUGAAGGAGGAGAUCAACAAGGUCACUAGCCGCCAAUCGAUGACGAAAAGAAGACGUCUGAUCGGUGCAAUCCAAGAGGCAAACGAGAUAGAGGAGUGCUACCGUCGAAUCAAUAGUCAUCUUCAACGCUUAUCACUCAACGUAAACAUCAAUAUCCUCAAGGCGGCAAAUAAGCAAGCCAUGGAGCUACGAUUAAAAAACAUGUCGCCCGCCAUGUCGGCAGUCUUCGAUUCUACAGCUUCUCAUAAUGUCAAGCGAGGAUCAUGCGCACCUGGCACCCGGGUUACACAAAUAGACCUAUUGCUCAAGUGGGCUCAGAGCCCGGAGGUCGGCAGAACAUGUUGGAUGAAUGGCAUGGCAGGCACAGGGAAAACAACCAUCGCAUACAGCGUCUGCGAGAGACUUAAGGACAGCUGCCAGCUUGGAGCCAGCUUCUUCUGCUCACGAACAAUCCCAGAGUGUCGGCAGGUUAAACACAUCAUACCAUCCAUCGCGUAUCAACUCGCUCGGUUUUCCUUUCCAUUCCAUGAAGUACUCGAUAAAAUACUCGACACGGACCCGGAUAUAUAUGGGCUAACGUUGAAGACCCAGUACGAGAAGCUGAUCGUUGGACCUCUAUUGAAAUCUUACAGCACUUUGCCCACAAGCUUUAUCGUCGUGAUCGAUGCUUUGGACGAAUGCGAGAAUCAGGAAAGCGUCGGCCAGAUCCUUGACUUGCUCUUAUCGACCGAAUACACCUUGCCUGUGAGGUACAUUGUCUCGAGCCGACCGGAGAAGGAGAUUACUCAACGCAUGGAGAAACGCGGCGAUGCAAACGACGACCCACGGCUGGUGCUGUAUGAGUUAGAUGUCAAUUCCGCCGGCCCAGAUAUUGGCUUGUAUAUGCAGCAUGAGCUGCAAGGCGUUCCGCUCACCAAGGAUGAAAUCUCACAGAUAGUCCAACGCUGCGGGUCGUUCUUUAUCUAUGCUUCUACCGCCUGCGGAUACAUCAAACAAGCGCACGAAAUCAACGACCUUGAAGAGGCCUUGGGCGUACUCAUGGACUCGACUUUGAUCCCGAUGGAGCAAGACGAUAAGAACGUGAUCGACCACUUGUAUACGACCAUACUAGCUACAGCCUUCCGCAAGUCGGGAAUGAUCCAGAAAAGCAAAGAAAAAAUGCGGGACAUACUCGAAACAGUGAUAUGCGCCAUAGAGCCCAUGACACUCAAUACAAUUGGCCAGAUGCUAGGCCUGAAGAACGCAGAGCAAGUGGAUCGGCUACUCAAGCCCUUACGAUCGGUGCUUAACGUCGGAAAAGAAAACAAGCUGGUCACACCCCUUCACGCGUCGUUUCCGGACUUCAUGCUGUCCAAGGACCGGUCAAAAGAUCUGUGCUGCGAACGUAGAAGGCGACACGCCGCAAUGACAAAAGCAUGUCUUGAGCUGAUCAGCAAGGCCGAGCCGCAGUUCAACAUAUGUGGCUUGCCAUCGUCACACCUUUUAGAUAGCGAGGUACAUGACCUGGAUGCUCGAACCAGCAAGUCAAUCUCUAAAGGCCUGGCAUACGCCUGUCGACACUGGCCCACCCACCUUGGGUUUGCGGAGCACAGCGAUGAAUUCGUUGGAUGGGUACGCGACUUCUUUUCGUCAAGACUACUGCUCUGGAUGGUGAUCAUGAACCUGACGAAACAAAUACGCUAUGGGACAACAAUGAUCCAGAAAGUAGAGAAGUGGUGCAGCGAACACAAAGCCCCUGAGGAUAUGACAAAACUAGUGCACGACGCGUCACAGUUUGUGUCUGUGUAUGGGAAUCAUCCUGUAUCCCAAAGUACUCCUCACAUCUACGUAUCUAUGCUUCCAUUCUGGCCACCCUCCAGACCCGUUUCUACGACGUACAUGCCAAGGACAAUUGGGGUAAUCGAACCGAAAGGGACAGCGAUGGCACGAAGGCGACUGGCGCUUAUUGCCACGUGGAAGGUCUCGACUGAAUGGAUUCAGUGGAUCGGUCUUUCGGCUAAUGGAACACGACUGGCAGCACCCACCGAGAACGGCAUAGAGGUAUAUGAUACAUCCACUGGCAAGAGCAUAUCCAGCCUCACGUUCGAACGCACAAGGGGUGUCCACUCAGUUGCCAUAUCUCCCGAUGGCACCCAUGUCGCUUUUGCCAAAUAUCGUGCUGCCUACAUAUGGAAUGUCGGGAAUCAAGAGAUGACUGCCAAUUUGUUCCCCAACCUUACUUCAUCCAUUAAAUGCAUCGCAUUCUCCACGGAUGGAUAUCACAUUGCCUGUGGCACACGUAAUGGCGAGGUACACAUCCACGCCUUGCAUGACGGUACUACCAGUCUUAGUCCACUCAAAGGGCAUACCAAAGAGGUCAGGUUGAUCGCAUUCUCCCCAGACGGUUUGCAUCUUGCAUCUGCCUCAGGGGACCACACUGUGCGAGUGUGGAAUGUAUGA